AUGAGCUCUUCUGAUAUCAAGGAUACUGCCCAACAAGUUAUUGAGGGUCCCAAGCAAUUCUUCAAGGAUGGUUUCCAAUUCAUCAACCGUUGUAAGAAGCCUGAUCAACAAGAAUACUUGAAGAUUGUUCAAGCUGUUGCUAUGGGUUUUGCUGCUCUCGGUGCUCUUGGUUAUUUUGUCAAGCUUAUCCACAUCCCCAUCAACAACAUUCUCGUCGGUGCUGCCUAA